AACUACGUCAAAGAGAACAAUUGAAAACGCACAAGGAAACAAAACACUGUGAUGUUGCGCAUGUGUCUCAUGUCCCUUAAAGUUUUCCGCGGGCCAAGUUGUGAGGUUAGCGGGUGAACGUGUGCACUGAUUAAAUGAGAAAAAGAAGGGGAAAAACUGUGUGUGUCACAUAAUGAAAUGGAUAAUGUUAAGAAGAGAAAAAAUAUGAAAGUUGUGUUUGGAAAAUUGUUCCAAUAAAAUAUUACGAGCUGUCAGAUAAACAUCUUGUCAAUGUUUCUGUGUAGUAACAUUACAAUUCUUGAUAAUUGUGAAUAAAAUAUUUGUUAAUUUUUUUGUUUCUAUUAUGUUGGUUUGUUUUACUCGCAAUGAAGUGUACUAUUCCCGGAGCAAAUAUGAAAGUGCUAGCACGAGCUGUUCAAUCUCUUGCUCGUAUUGGUGAUGAACUUUAUGUCGAGCCAGAUGCCAAUUCAAUGUCUUUCCGGAGUGUUAACUCCUCACGAUCAGCAUAUGCAUCAUUUACUUUCAACAGAUCAUUCUUUGCAUUUUAUAAACAUGAGCCAUCCCAGCCCCUCAACUCUUCGCAAGAAGAUAGUUGUAAAUGCAAAAUAUCAAUGAAGUCAUGUUUACCCGUUUUUCGAUCCCCUGUUAUGCUGGACCGAAAAGUAGAAAAUUGCAAAAUGCGUUUAGAAGAUGAUGGUUGCAAAUUGGUGUUUGAAAUGAAAUUUCGUAUGGGUAUUGCAAAAACUCAUUUCCUACCAGUAAUUGAAUGUGAAACGUUGCAGGUUGUUUACACAAAAGAUGAUGCCUCUAAUAGCUUGCUAGCCCAGGUUCAACUUUUUUCAGAUACGGUUCAUAAUUUUCACAGUACUCAAGAAGAGGUUACUCUAUCUGUAACUUCACAGAAAACAUCUAUUCGCAGCUAUACUGAUGGUUCUAUAAUGAAACAUGAAAAUACCUACGAAGCUAGUUUUGUAUUAUCCACCUUGUCACCCGAAAUAGACUCAACGCCUCAGCGAAUGCGGGAGCAAAAUUCAAAUACUCCUGUUGUCAGUAGUGUAGGGACUGGUGCAAAAGAGCCUACUAUUCCUCCAAACGUGAGGCAAAGUACUUCUGUGGCAUCAAGAAUCAAUCUCACGCCUAGCAAUGAGAACAGGCUCGAAGAACACUUUCCAGAACUGAGAGGUGGUACUCCCAGGGGUGUUGAGAGAGUAUCUGUUAGGAAAGGGGAAAGCCCUAGCCUUUUAUCAAAUACAAGGAGUGACAAAAGUGGGAAUACCAGCUCUAGGCAUCAUCCUGAUCAAACAAGAGGAGAAAAAAGGAGUCGACCAUUAGAGAGAACUGUAAAUAAUCAAGAAGGAUCCGCCCGAGAAGACAUUCAUAACAACACACAUGCUAGCUUUCAAGGGAAUAGAUUGAAUAGUUCAUGUGUUCUGAGCAAUAGAAUGAUGGCUUCUAAUGCUAUAAAUCAAGAAAGGACUUCAAAGGACCUAAGUAGUGCUCAACAGGAUUUCAAUACCCCACCAUUGAUGAUGUCCAAUGCUAGUUCAGUAUCAUUACAGUUACGCGAAUCAGAUAACGAAGAUGAUACUGUUGCAUCAUCUCCACAGCCUGUACGAAAAAGACCUCGUCUCUUGGAUAUCUUUGAUUCAACAUUUGACCCCACAAAUAUACCUGGACAUGAUAUUAUAAUUGCUGACGAUUCUGGAGAUGAGCCAUCAUAAAGAUCUAAUAUAUCUGGACACAGUUUCUUGGGCAGCGUGUGUGAGUGUGUAAAUUAUAGUGGAAUGGAAUUGUGUAAAUGUUUUAUCAAUUGUGAGUGAUAUUGGCAACAUUUAUGUUUGAUUAUGUGCAAACUUUCUUGUAUAAAUUGCCCUUCCUACUACUUUGCGUACUGGCUAACGUAUGAAUUUUAAGGAAAAGAAUAUGUUUAUGUCCAGAAAAUGUUCUUCAAUUACAUAAAAUAUCAUAUAUAAUUGACUCUUCACUGUAAGCCAAGAUUAUUCUUUUCUCCUGUUUGUUAUAACAUUUGUUGCGGUUAAUAGGAUAGAUCAGUUUUUGUUGGUGUAAAUAAAUUCCAGUAUACUUUUGUUUUGUUGUGUAAUUUUAUGUUAUUCACUUGUACAUAGAUUUGGACGUGCUAGAAAAACGGCUCUAAAAAAGUCAAUUGUGUUUGUGACAAAGUUGUUACAGAAUACAUGAAUAUUAACUUUUUUUGUUUUAUUCUUUACCAUUGUAUCACUGAAUGCAGGGGCUGUUGAAAUGCUUGAGAAAAAAACAACUGCUGGUUGUGACCAAUGUGCCUUGCACCUUUCAGUAAUCUAGAGCCAAUGGUGCUUGAGCACCUUCCCUCCCUUCUCCCAUCCUGCCUCAUAGGGCAGACUCUGCUAUAGACAAGUUACUAUAAGAACGGAUCACUUUCA